AUGUCCAAAAAAGGAGGAAAAGAUAAAAAGAAAAAAAAGCCCGAAGAAGAGGAUGAAUCCACAGUAAAUCUUCCCCGAAUAUAUCGUCGUAAAUGCGAAUCUUUAGGAGUGUCAUAAAACCGUUUUUUCCGUGAAAAGGUAGAAUAAGCUAUAGACGAUUAAGAUCAUUUAAAAAAAGUAAAACUACAAUAAAUUAAAAAAUAAUUUAAAUAUAAAAAAACACAGUUACAUACACUAGAACCUUUAUCAUCUUUAGAUGUUCGCGCAAUAAUGGAAUCUUUAAUAGAUUUAAAAUAUAAACAUAUACAAAGUCUUAAAUUAGUAAAAGCAGAAUGCCAAGAUGAGGCUGUUUAAUACAUUUGUAAUUAUAUGGAAAAAGGAAGAGGUGUUAAAUUUUUAAAUUUACCGCAUAAUUUGAUUGGGUAUUAGGGUUGUGAAUAUUUAGGAAAAUCAGUGGGAAAUACCGAAUUUGUUUAAAUUUAAAAAUUAAAACUGGAUUUUAAUAAUAUAGGAACUAAAGGUUUAGGUCUUCUUGCAAAAGGACUUUCCAUGAAUCCUUAUAUAAUGAGACUUUCUUUAAAUUACUGUAAUAUAGAUUCGUAUGGUGUAAAAUAUUUGUAAUAGAUUUUGGCUUAUGUGGAAAGCUAAUUAUGGAGUUUAAAAUUAAGAGGAAAUUUUUUAAGAAACGAAGGAAUUUAUCAACUUUUUAGAUCUUUGGAAUACAAUCAGGCCCUUUAAAAAUUAAUAGUGGCAAACAAUCAGUUUGGAGAAAGCGAAGAAAUUCCAGUCAUUGAAAAAAUUUGCGAAGUAAUGAUGAAAAAUAACUCUUUAUAAAUUUAUGAUUUAGACUAAAACGGGAUAUACGACGAGGGUGCUAAAAAACUACUCGAAUGCACUAAAAUGUACAAAAUUAUUAAAAGAGUUCCUUUAUAAGAUCAUAUUUCUUAUGAGAUUAAAGCAGAAUUUAAAAAAGUUACUAAAAAAAGAAAGUUUAAAUUAAAGAAAAAAAAGAAGAAGAAAAAAGGAAAAAAGAAGAAAAAAAAAUGA